GAGAGAGAGUCUCGCCCUGUGCGCGGACGCGUCAGAUUAGACGCGUGGAUGAGCGGCGCGCUGCGGAUCGUCACUGACGGAGGAAAGCAAACGCUGAUGCGGCGAUGGGCUCUGAAUCUGAACCACACGACUGUCUGCGAGGAUGGUGUCGAGGUGUCCUCCGACGGAUGGAGAUCAGCGCAGGCUUCCGAUAUUAUUUCCAGCAUCCCUGGUCUCGUCUGCUGGUGGCGUACCUGGUCACCUUCUUCAACUUCCUGGUGUUCGCCGAGGACCCGGUGUCUCACAGCCAGACGGAGGCACACAUGAUGGUGCUGGGAAACUGCUUCUCGUUCGUGGUCAGUAAAUAUCCCGGAGGAGGAUGGAGUGUCCUCAAAGUCCUGAUGUGGAUCCUCGCCAUCAUCACGGGCCUCAUCGCCGGGAAGCUCCUGUUCCAUCGACACCUGUUCGGUCGUGUCCUGCGUCUGAAGAUGUUUCGUGAGGACCACGGCUCUUGGAUGACUAUGUUCUUCAGCACCAUUCUCUCGCUCUUCAUCUUCUCUCACAUCUAUAACCUCAUUCUGCUCAUGAGUGGACGGAUGCGGCCUCACAUGGUGACGGAGUACAUGGGCAUCAGGAACGAGAUCUUUAUGAAGAUGGUUGCUGUGGGAACAUGGAUGGGAGAUUUUGUGACGGCGUGGAUGGUAACAGACAUGAUGCUGCAGGACACUCAUUACCCGGACUGGGGCCGGACCCCCAGGCAGCUCUGGAGACAGGGACACAACCGCAUCGUUCUGUUCUGGGCGGUGCUGUUCUCUCUGACCUCUGUGGUGGUUCUGGUCAUCAGCACAGACUGGAUCAGCUGGGACAAACUGAACCGCGGCUUCCUGCCGAGCCACGAGGUCUCCAGAGCGUUCCUGGCCUCCUUCAUCCUGGUCUUUGACCUCCUCAUCAUCAUGCAGGACUGGGAGUUUCCUCACUUCAUGGGCGAUCUGGACGUGAACCUCCCAGGCCUUUCCACCACACAGCUGAAGAUCAAACUGCCCAUGAGCAAGCGCAUCUUUAAAGAAGAGUAUCACAUUCACAUCACGGGGAAAUGGUUUAAUUACGGAAUCAUCUUCAUGGUCCUCAUCCUGGACCUCAACAUGUGGAAGAACCAGAUCUUCUACAAGCCCUAUGAAUACGGUCAAUACGUAGGUCCAGGAGAGAAGAUCUACACCGUAGAAGAUCCGGAGACGCUGCACAAUUUCAACCGCAGUACUCUGACCUGGGAGUGGCGCUCCACCAACACUGACCCCCUCACCAACCGGACCUACAUCCAGAGAGAUAUGUUCCUUCACAGCCGCUACGUGGGUGCUAGCCUGGAUGUCAAAUGCCUGGCGUUCAUCCCGAGUCUGGCGGCCUUCGUGCUCUUUGGGUUCUUCAUCUGGCUGUUCGGACGCUUCCAAGACAGUGAGACAUUCCCUGAGAACCAAGACAAGACCUACGAGCGCAUCAAGCGCAAGUCUCCGUCUGAUCUGGGAGUCACACCGGAGGAAGUGCACAUCACCAUGAGCGAGGCCUUGAAGAGGUGCGGCACGUCCAUGCUGCUCCUGGUGGACACUCAUCAUUUCGGGUCAUCGAGCAGCUCCAUAUCACCGUGUACGAAUGAGACCCAGGAGACCCAACCCAGUGUAGCUGUUGACAACAUCGCCCAUGAGGAUACAUCUGAUGUCAAAAAGCUGACCCCAUGACAUAGCCAAAGGUCAAAAUGACUUCCAAAGUUGAUUGGUGUUUGAAGUCCUCGGAAAACCAUCACAGACUCUACCUUGAACCUUGUAUUUUUGUAUCAAGUGAUCUUGCACUGCGCACCAACUUUCUGAGCUCAGCCUUUUCCACAUUCCUCAAGGACAUUGGUCUAUGGUGCUGGAUGUUUGAUUAUUCAAUGUCUUUUUUUUUAUGUAGACUCUUGUUUUGAUGUACUCUUGUGC